ACAAAUAUCAUAUAUACUGGCCAUUACACACCGUCAACAAAAAAUGGUUUUCUUUCCCUCUUGAACGAACCAAACUGGUGUCGUCUCCGAUCUUCUACACCAUUAAACGUAUGCACGAAGAGAUGUCCAGUACUGCGUCCCAAACCAUGCUCAACCAGAGUUUAUUUGAGGAUCAAGAUUUGUCAUCACAACUUGGAUUUUUCCCUAUUCAUUCAAACUUUACCUCUUUUCAACUAGGGUGCAGUCAAUCCCUUAAAAAUUUUGCCAUGUUACCUCCUUCUCUUGCAGUAGAUGCACCGGUUACCCUUUCCGAGUCCUUUGCCCUAAAGCAAAAAGAAGAGAUUCCAUAUCAAUCUGCAGGAUCCCAAUUUCUGUCUUCACAAAGAUCCACUCCAAAUUACUGGGCAUGGGAUGAAAUGAAUGAUACCAUGAGCAUCAAGAGAAGCGGAGAGGAAAAUUAUCUCGGGGUUUCGGCAAUGAAGAUGAAGAAGAUUAAGACAAGAAGAAAGGUAAGAGAGCCCAGGUUCUGCUUCAAGACCUUGAGCGAUAUAGAUGUCUUAGAUGAUGGUUACAAGUGGAGAAAAUAUGGCCAGAAAGUGGUGAAAAACACCCAACAUCCUAGGUUAGAUUUCUUCCUCUUCCAUUUCCUUUCUAAUUGAUUAUUCCCUCUUUUAUUUCCCAUGCAUUUUAGUAACUUAUCAAUUUGCAGUUCAAUCUUCACCUAACCCCACCCCCCAACCCCUUCUUUCUCAUUCUAACUUCCUGCUUAAUUGAAUCUUGAUCUGCAUUGGUAUUGUAAUUUAUAUAUGUGUCUAUAUAUCAUUAAUAUAUUGUCAUAUAUAUGGAAGGAUUAGAUUCAAAUGAAUGCAUAAGUGGCACUAGUUGGGGUAGAGGGUAUAAUAAUCUUGCUUUUAUUUAGGUAGGGUUUCCUAUGAGGAUAAAUAUAAUCAAUUUAGAAAUGAUUUAACUUAACUCCAUUAAUGUAAUCAGUCAAGAAUGAAGUAUUUUGAGUGUCACCAUUAAUUAUUAUCCUCAUCAUCAGUAAGAUAAUUGAUAAUUCAAAUUUAGAUAACCUAAUAAUAUCAUCAAAAUGCCUAGCACAACACCAUGCAAAACAUUGUAACAAAAUUUUAUAUACUGAUUUUUAAUAGAAACCAUAUAUUGAA